CUAAUGCCAUUCCGAUUAAGAUGAACGUGAUCGAUAAAUGUUGGAGAAAUAAUCCUUUUUGGCGGAGUCAACGACAGCGUCUGGCUAAAUGUUCUGUUGGUUUCGUCGGUAAAAUGACCAACAACAUUGGUAAAGAUGUCACAAAAUAUAAGGUCACCGAUCCUUCCGACGACCCGUUAAAUCCUAAACAAGGGACCCUUCGUUACGGGACUACAAUGAUCAAGGGAAGAGUAUGGAUCACCUUCAAAAGCGACAUGCGAAUCGUACUCCAAAGACCGCUUCUCCUAAGCAGCUUCACCGCCAUCGACGGUCGUGGUGUCGACGUCCACAUAACCGGCGCCGGUUGUCUCGUGGUGUAUAAGGCGACCGAUAUAAUCAUCCACGGGUUACGGAUCCACCAUUGCAAGUCCCACCCACCUAGCACUGUGAUGGGUCCGGAAUCAGAGGUGAUCCCAUUAGGUCAAAUGGAUGGAGAUGCGAUAAGAUUGGUCACCGCAAGGAAAGUGUGGAUUGAUCACAACACGUUGUAUGAAUGCCAAGAUGGUCUCCUUGAUGUCACUCGAGGCUCCACCGAUGUUACCAUAUCUAACAACUGGUUCAGAAACCAGGACAAAGUUAUGCUUCUUGGGCAUGAUGAUGGCCAUUUGAGAGAUAGAAACAUGAAGGUCACUGUCAUUUUUAACCAUUUUGGACCUAACUGCAAUCAAAGAAUGCCAAGAGUCCGUCAUGGAUAUGCACAUGUAGCUAACAAUUUCUAUCAAGGAUGGGAACAAUACGCCAUUGGUGGAAGCAUGAGCCCUAGCAUUAAGAGCGAAGCCAACGUUUUUGUAGCCCCAAAUGCAGACAACAAAGAAGUUACAUGGAGAAAGGGCGACAAGGCAAGUAAAGCUUUAUGGAAUUUCUAUUCGGUGGGUGAUAUUUUCAAAAAUGGAGCCUCUUUCAAUAAGCAAACGGGUAUAGGUGGGGCGAAACCUAAUUAUAAUCCAGAACAAAGUUUUAAGGUUGCCAAUGCCAGAUUAGUUAAAGAACUGACAAGUGCUUCAGGUGCUUUACAAUGCUCUAGGACUCUGACAUGCUAAGCACAAAUGAGACCA